CGAGAGACCCAGUUUCAGCUCAACAGCUUGUUAUUCGUGUAUUGCUUUGCAAAUCUGGCUAGCAAGUCGUGUCGUUGCAUCAAUCAAAACCAAUCGAGCUGGACUCCCUCAAAUAGCCUCUACGAUGAAGGCAGCGGACGAGCCUGCCUACCUGACCGUGGGGACGGAGGUCAGCGCGAAAUACAGAGGUGCCUUCUGUGAGGCAAAAAUCAAGACUGUUAAACGGACGGUGAAGGUUAAGGUGAUGCUCAAAGGAGACACUACCUCACAAGUUGUUCAAGAUGACCAAGUGAAAGGACAGUUGAGGGUGGGCUCCACAGUGGAGGUGAAGAGUGCAGAGGGGAUCUGCAGUGAGGCAACCAUCAACAAACUCACAGACGCCAGUUGGUACACAGUGGUGUUUGACGAUGGGGAUGAGAAGACACUCCGCAGGACGUCUCUGUGUCUUAAGGGCGAGAGACAUUUUGCUGAGAGCGAGACGUUGGACCAACUGCCCCUGACCAACCCGGAGCACUUUGGCACCCCCGUAAUCGGGAAGAAGGGAAACCGCGGAGGAAGGAGGUCAUCUCAGGCUCAUGCGAACGAUGACAAGGAGUCGUCGUCCAGUGAUGACGACAGUGAGGACAGGAGGAGGCUAAAUGAUGACCUGCUGGGUAAAGUGGCCAAUAUUCAGACUGGGACAGACCGGACAUCCUGGUACCUGGCCCUGGUGAUAUCGCCCAGCUGCAAUGAUGACCUGACAGUCAAGAAAGACCAAUGUUUAGUGAGAUCAUUUGCAGACUCCAAAUUUCGAACUGUGGCAAGAAAGGAGAUCCAUGAAAUGAACAUGGACAGCAUCUCUAAAGCUGAGUUCUCGUCGAGGAACGGGUUGGACGAGGCAGUGCAUUUCCUCAAAACCAAGGUGGUCCCUGACAGUUGGAAGAUGGACAUGAGCGAGAUCUUAGAAUCCUCCAGCAGUGACGAGGAGGACAAGGAAGGAAAAGAUAGUGAGGAGGAGGAGGAGAAGGAGGAUGACGAGCAGCCUGAGGAUGAGGCGGACCCAGAGGAGAGGGAUCACUUCCUGCAGCAGCUGUAUAAGUUCAUGGAGGAUCGAGGGACGCCAAUUAACAAGCCUCCUGUGCUCGGCUACAAGGAUCUGAACCUCUUCAAGCUCUUCAGGCUAGUCUACCAGCAGGGGGGCUGUGACAAAAUUGAAAGUGGAUCUGUGUGGAAACAAAUCUACAUGGACCUGGGCAUUCCCAUCCUAAAUUCUGCUGCCUCCUACAAUGUGAAGACUGCCUACAGAAAGUACCUGUAUGGCUUUGAGGAGUACUGCCGCUCAGCCUGCAUCGUGUUCAGGACCAUCCACCACAACGAGGCUCGUCCAGCGUCCCAGUCCUCCCAGUCCCAGACAGAGCAGAAGGCUGCCCAGGUCCCUGAGGUGAAGGUGAAGGACAAAGACAAGGUUGGCAAGUGCCCAACACCACCCGCCCAGAAUGAGUCUGCUGCAGCCACAGAGGACAAGCCUGCCCAGGAGGAGGCUGAGUCGGGGAGUGAGAGCGACAAAGAGAGCCACAAAGAUAUCGCCUCUCCCAGGGUUAGGAGUUCUCAAAAGCAACUUUUGUCCUUUGUGGGGAGGAGACGGUGCACUGUGACCCCGGUCAAAGCUGAGGUGAAGGAGCCUGUCAAGCUGGAGAAGAUCAAUGAGCAGGAGCCGAGUGGUCUGGGUGUGAGUGAGACCAACGGAGAGGAGACGGGUGGUCAAAAAGAGAGCAGCAGCUCAGACGGAGGGGACACCCAGGGGAAUGGAUGCAGCCGACGUCUGGAGGAGUCCGAUAAAGAGUCUGAGGACGAAGGGGAAGAUGAGGAUGAGGACAGCGAGAGGAGAGUUGGAGAAGGGGCUGAGGAUGAGGACUCAGAAGACUCUGUGACAGGGACUAAGGUGAAGGUAAAGUACGGCCGAGGGAAGACCCAGAAGAUAUACGAGGCAAACAUCAAGAAAACUGAGAACGAUGAUGCCGGAGAUGUCCUCUACCUGGUACACUACUACGGCUGGAAUGUCAGGUAUGAUGAGUGGGUCAAAGCAGAUCGGAUCAUCUGGCCUGUCGACAAGGGCGGAACAAAAAAUAAACAGAAAAAGAAAGUCAUGAACAAAGAGGAUGGAGAGAAGGACAAGCAGGGGAAGCUGGGUGGGUUGAGAGGCCGCCCUCUUCUCAGAACCACUCCCCCCAGUGCCAACCGCAGCGUCUCCAAGACCCCCAGCCGUGAGGGGCGCUCCAGCAGCAAGAGCAAAUCUGACACAUCACCCCUGCCCAAUGGAGAGGGUACCCCUCGCCGACGCACAAGAAGAACCUCUGGGAUGUAUGACUCGGACAGGGAUGCCAACUCCAAUGAUGAGUCAGGGAAUUCGUCCGAGGACAGUGAGUCAGAGGAUUCGCCGGAGAAGAAGCCUGCCUGGGCGGAGAGAACGGACCCCGCUACGGCCCGUAAACAGGAAGAAGAGGAGGACCUAAGGGUGGAGAGAGGAAGAGCAGAGGCAGUGGCCGCCGCAGCAGCCCAGGCAGCAGCAGCACAGCUCCAGCCCCCCAGCAGCCCUAAGGAGAAGGAGCAGCAGCAGGAGGACAAACUCCCUGAGAGGGAGCCUGAGAAAGAUGAGGCUGAGGAGCAGCCCCAGACGCCUCCCAUGACCCCUGAACCCGACAGACCCAAGGAAGAGGACCCCCCUAACCUGAAAUCCCCCAGGCCUAAAGCAUCACGUAGAAGUAACGUUGGAGAGCCAGAGAGGAACACCAACAACACUGGCUCUGAGAUACCCACCAAAACCAUCAUCACCACCACUCCCAACCACACUGAGACGGAGUCGUUCCCCAGCCCAUGCCCCCUGAAGAGGCAGGAUGAGCCCAUGGUGGUCCUUCACUGUCUCCCUGCUGAGCACCUCCCCAGCAUGCCAGACCUCCCCAUCAUGGACUCCGACACAGACUCCGCCCCGGAGGAGGAGAUCUGCAGGGAGGAGCGAGGCGUGGCCAAGCGUAAAGCCACCGACCACAGGACACCGGACAAGAAGGUGCGUCUAGACUGGAGGGAGGAUACUGCCAGAAUGUCAUUGCCGGGCGGGAGGCCCCAUGACUCGCCGGGCGGGAGGCCCCAUGACUCGCCGGGCGGGAGGCCCCAUGACUCGCCGGGCGGGAGGCCCCAUGACUCGCCGGGCGGGAGGCCCCAUGACUCGCCGGGCGGGAGGCCCCAUGACUCGCCGGGCGGGAGGCCCACGACUCCAGAGGGGAGACUGGAGUCGGGGGGACUGAAAGAAGAGGAGUGUCUGACGCCAGCGAAGGGUAAAACGGAGCCGGAGGUUAAAACAGAGAUGCCUGCGCUCACUCCGGAGGUGCGGUGUCGAGGUCCAGGAGAGGGAGGUUUCGCAGGAGGUCAGCCCAGGUCGGAGCAGCCAGACUAUGGGGCAGAGGAGGAGCUGAUGCCCCAGAUAGGGCCUGAGGCGCUGGUCUGCCACGAGGUGGAUUUGGACGACCUGGAUGAGAAGGACAAGACCUCAGCAGAAGACCUCCUAAUGAUGAUGAGCCAAGGGAAGGUCCAUGCUCCCCAUCCAUCCAAUGCCUCCUCCCACCACCCCCAGACCCACAACAACUCUCCUCCGUCCUCCGGUGGCGCUGCUCCUCCACAAGUCUUUUCCCCCACCUCGGCCCCUAGCCCUGAUGAGUCUAUAAGCACCAAGAGUGAGAGCGACGUCACCAUCGAGGUUGACAGCGUAGCUGGGGAGUCUCAGGAGGGGCUCGGUGAUAAUGAGUCGGCCAACUCCAACUGCUUUGAAGCCAACACCAGCUCUAGCAACUCCAGCAUGUCACUACAGGAGAGAGACACCAAGGACAGAGGUCAGAAAAGGUUGAUGGACUGCAAUAUGAGUUGUUCUGCAAAGAAGCAGAAGCGCAACCAGAAACGGCCAAGCACAAUGUCCAAAAUGGAGAAGAAUGGAGCAGAGUACAGCAGUGACAGUGAGGACCUGGCUGUUAUGGACCCCUCCUGUAAGAAGACUCCAGUGAAACACUCCAUGUCUAAAGGAAGCCUGAAGCUGGUCUCGCCCAACAGUAAGGAGUUAGAGAAGGACAAGCACAAACACAAGCAGUCCUCCUUCCCCUCCCCUCGCACAUACAAGUGGACCUUCCAGCUCAAUGAACUGGACAGCAUGACAAGUGCUGAGAGGAUUUCCUUCUUACAAGACAAACUACAGGAUAUAAGGAAGUAUUACAUGUCACUCAAGUCUGAAGUGGCCUCCAUAGACAGGAGGCGGAAGAGGUUAAAGAAGAAAGAAAGAGAAGUGUCCCACACCACAGCUUCAACAUCGUCUGGCUCGUCAGACACUGGGAUGAGCCCCUCCUCCGCCUCACCGACUCAGAACACUGUGGCUGUCGAGUGCAGGUGAUGACACGCCUUCUCCCCCACGGUUCCCAUGACGACUACCCUUUCCUACCAUCCCGCUGCCUCCCUGGAGACACGGUUGUGUCCGAAAUGGCACCCUAUUCCCUUUAAAGUGCUAAUAUUUUGACCAGAAGCCAGUGUUAAAUGACCAGAGGCCCUCGUCAAAAGUAGUCCACUAUAUAGGGCAUAGAGGUGCCAUUUCAGGCGUACCCACGUACUGACACACCAGAGCCAGCGGCCAAAAGCACUCGACUGCCCCCUCUGUCUCCUUUCACCCCCCCAUCCCUCCCACCACUUGGCCACUCCCACUUCUUGCACUUCCCUGCCUUGUAGAUAUUGUGGUCCACCUACUGUAGUGUUGUCAGGAAAUGGAUUCUACGUGAGUUGAAUGUAAAGGAAACCACAAACCCCAGAUACUCCUAGCCAAACCCCUUCACUCUCCAUCCUUGAACAGUCCAUGGCACUUUUCUUCUUCUUACUCUGUCAGAAACAGAUAUAACCUCCUCUGGUUCCCCAAACGGGAGCAAUCUAGAUUCAGUAAUGAAUCAAUGAUGUCUAUCAGCAGAACCAGACAUACACAAUGUAUGUAACCUACAAUGUAAAGGGUCCCUACCCAUGUUAAUAAUGGUCACUUAACCACCAUGUUAAUAAUGGUCACUUAACCACCUUGGACAUUGUUUGCAAAAAGGUCAAUUAUGUUCGCUUGCUCCAUCAGAACUGCCAAAGUACAUGUGUUACAGCAGAUUGCCCUAUUUUGGAAAAGUGGGACAAAUUCAAUUGCGAAAGGGAAUGUAGUUUACUGAAAACUGCAGCCGUUGUCUUCCAUUAUUGCAGUGUGUCAUCACAGAUUAAUUAUGAAAACUAUUUUUGGAUCUCUUUUUAAGAAAGUAAUAAAAAAAAUGAUUAGAAAAAGGUUUAUUACAGUGGAACACAGGAGAAUGUUUUCAGUGGACUAAUUUCCUUUGCGAGUGUAUUGUCUUUUUAUAUGUAAUUGCAGAGUUUUUAUUUUAGUAUGGAAAAUUUCAAAAAGUAUAUAUCACAACAGUGAAGUUAUUUAAUGAAAGAUUUCUAGCCCUGAAAUUUUGUGUAAAAAAGGUUUCUUGCAUUGUUAAAUAUAUUUAUUCUGUCAGUGGACACAUUUUAGUAUUUUUUACAAUAUAGAGACACGAACCUUCCACAGUUUGGACAAUGGGAAAUUCUGAUAUUGAAAGAAUGUUGUGUGCUCAUCUAAAAGCAGACUUUGACUGUGAUGUUUCAAUUGGGUAGCUACUGUGCAGUACAUGUUUCCCCCAUUUUCAACAGGGCCCUCAACUUUCUCAACAUUUUUUUUUUUUUUUUCUAGAUGGUUUUUGGGGAACACCAUAAUAAUUUGGUGGCCUUCACUUUGUUUCUUGGUACUUGUAUUUGUUAUAAUUUAAAACAUCUAUUCUUAUUUCGACAUGAGUUCUGACCAAUAAAUAAAAGUUGCUUAAGGAAUAUGUAUGUGAAGCCCAGAGGUUUCUUACGAUUGUUUUUGUAUAUAGAUCUUCCAAAACCAUGAAUURGAAAAAUACAUUUGACAAACUGUAAAGAAUGACAUUAUUUUUUUAAACCUCAUCUUUGUACUGGUAUAUUAAAAGCUUUUUUUAUGGCAAGUUGGUAGAAACAUUCACGCACACAGACUGACUAUAUACUGACCCAGUGGGUUUCAGCAUUAGUCUGAAACUAACCCUACAGAAGAGUCAUGAAAGCAUUCAGAACAUUGACAUUUUUUAUGCUUUAUAGACUUGUGAAAAACACAGAACUUCCUUAAAAGCUAAGUUUAUCUACAGAUUCCUGGAUGAAGGAAAGAAGGUAUUAAGAUUACCUGAGCAAAGUCUUUGUAUCUUAAUGUAAAAUAAGCAGAGCUCUUCAUUUCUAAUAAAGUUUUUAAAUAUU